CUCAUCUUCGUUAUUUGUUCCUCUCUCUCUCUCUCGCUCUCGUGCUCUCGCUCGCUCAGAAACCAUGCGCGCUUUGUCGAGCCCGUGUCUAAUCUCUCCCACAGCUUCAAUCGCGACGACGAUCUCGAUACCCAAUCGGUUCCGGUUCGGGUUCGGGUUUGACCUCGACGCAAGGAAGCAUCGCUCCGCUUCCGCAUCCUGCAGAGCGUCUUCUCCGUCUUCGUCGUGGAUGAUGACGGACUUCGACCUCUACGACCUCCUCGGCAUCGACAGCUCUUCCUCCCCCUCCCAGAUCAAGCUCGCCUACCGCUCCCUCCAGAAGAGGUGCCACCCCGACAUCGCCGGCCCGGACGGCCACGACAUGUCCAUCAUCCUCAACGAUGCCUACACCGUGCUCUCCGAUCCCGCCUCCCGCUCCGCCUACGAUAAGGAACAAGCAAAGACCUCUGAACUUCAAGGUUACACGGGGGAGCCUAUCUACUCAGUAUGGCUCGGUUCUGACAGCGAACAGAGAGCGGUAUUCGUGGACGAGGUCAAGUGCGUUGGCUGCUUGAAAUGUGCUUUGUGUGCGGAAAGGACGUUCGCAAUCGAGUCGGCUUACGGGAGAGCCCGGGUCGUUGCACAGUGGGCUGACCCUGACCAUAAAAUUCAAGAAGCAAUAGAAGCUUGUCCUGUGGAUUGCAUCUCUAUUGUCGAGAGAUCAGACCUGGCAGCUCUUGAGUUUCUGAUGUCUAAGCAACCAAGGGGCAACGUAAGAAUUGGUGCUGGCAACUCAGUCGGUUCACGCGUCUCAAACAUAUUCGUCGAUGUGAAGAAGUUUCAAACCAGAGUUGCCGAUGCGAAGAGCAAAGCGGCAACAAAGGAUGAUGAGCAGACUGAUCUACAAAGAAAGGCUCGAGUUUCAGCUAUCCAGGCAAUCAGGUCAAUCUCGAACUGGAUAUACUGGCAAUCGCCCGACACAGGGAGCAAGGCCCUGAUACGUAGAACUGGAUAUUCAAGUGAACCGAACAUCAAGAAACUACGCGAUGCUGCGGCUUCUAGGAAAUGGGCAGGUGUCAAAUCUGCGAGUGCCAGACGAACUGCCGUGAGCCGCCGCUUAUACCGCGAUGAGUAUUGGAUUCCCGCCCUGCAUGCGCUUCCGCCUGCAAGUGCAACUGAGGAGGAAUCUGCCCCUAGAGUUUCCAAGGAGUCCUCAUCUAACAAAAAGCAAAAGAGACGCGAUCUCAGUCAGAGCACAGGAAGGAAUACUUCAAAGAACCCACUAUGGUGGGCGUUUCCAGUCUGUGCAGCCUCGGUCGCCGCUACAAUUGUGAGGUCACGGGUUGGUGAUGGAAUGCCAGGCGAGUUGAAACAGCACGUCGGUGGAUCUCUAGCGCUGGAGAUUGUUAACAGCUCCUGGAUGCAGGUACUGUUAGCCGGGGUGACAUGGUAUUUCAUAGGUGUAGUGGUCGUAGAGCUAGUAGAGGCCGCUCUAAGCAAAGUGGGAUCAGGUAAAGAACAAAAGAAAGUGUGAAUCGCCAUUGUAUGGUUAGAAGAUACUCCAAAGAAGUUAUAGUUACGUAGGACAAAUUUAGUUAAAACCCCGCCGAGUCGGAGGAAUAUCUUGAUACAGAUGCUCUGUGCAAUCAUUGAAUUGCCUAUAAUAGACGAUUAAUGCCAUGAAUGUUUUCCAU